AUGAUCUCUCCAAAAUUUUCAUCUGCCGCUAAACAACUUAAUCCCGAUGGGAAUAUAUUACAGAGAGGUGGUCUCCCUAAUAAUGACAUAAAAAAUAAUUCUGGUAACCCUUCCACUAAUAAUAAAGAUAAUGACUCUACAUCAAUACUAGCGUCUCCAAUAUUAAGAAACUCUGUGAGUCCUACCCCUUCACAAACUAAAUCUAUUAUGAAUAUAAGUGGUACUUCAGGUGCCGUUGUAAAUAAUACUCCUGAGACUGGUUUAAAGAGAAUCCCUGCGGUAACAUUUAGUGAUUCAAGUGUUAAACCAUCACAAUCACAAAUUGGAAUUAAUGAUAGUCUUAAUAAUACAUCUCCAUCUGGUAGUGUAAAUGUAACGUCGCCAACAGAAACACAAGGAAUCAAAAUACCGAUAAAUGGUACAAGGUCAGGUUCGGGAGAAGUACAAGGAAUAAUAAAAUCACCAUCCACAAUGAAACCUAUUAAAGAAGGCACUACGAUAAAAAUAAUCGAAGACCCUAACAGGAAUAAUAUUGCUAAUAAUAAUCCAAUAAAAAGAAAUGAUAGUAAUACUAGUUUAGGUAACAAAAAAAAUUUGAAAAAUAUAAAUACUAAAGUCUUGUUUGAUCAAGAUGCUCCCUUAACGAUAUCUAGUCCCUCAUCAAUCCUAUCAACUUCAGAAAAUGGAAUUCAUAACAAUUUAAUGUUAAAUUUUUCAGAUAUUAAACAACAAAGUAAAGAACACCCACAUUUUUUCGUUGAAGAUCCAUUACAUAACCCAAAUUCAAGCAUCAACAAUAGGUCAAGAUCAUGUUCAAAUAGUAGCACUCAUAGUGGGAGUGUUACAAUCGGUUCAAUGGGUGCGAAGAGUAUUGGAAGUAUAAUAAAUGAUACCAAUACCAAUACCAAUUCCAAUCCGACAAGACUAAAUAGUAAUGGCAAUUAUACUGUAAGUAAUUCAGGUGGGUUAAAAUCGUUGGAGUCUGUAUUAGAGGACAAACCCUUUACCACUGAGACUACUACUACUGCAACAACAAAUACGAAUCCAAUAUCUGUUUCUUCUAAAACAAGUAAGUCGACAGAUGGGAAACCCAUUAUCUCAAGUCAAAACAACUCUCAAACGGCAUUAUCCAGAACACCAUCAUCUUCAUUGAUUAAUGGUGGUAAUAAUGUUGCUACUCAUCCACUAUCUUUAAAUAUACCUAAGAGAGAAACUGGUAAAAACGUCGACCCCCGUUUACCUCAGGACGAUGGUAAAUUACACGUAUUAUUUGGUGCGACAGGAUCGUUAUCAGUAUUUAAGAUUAAACCAAUGAUAAAAAAAUUAGAAGAAAUAUAUGGUAAAGAUCGUAUUGUAAUUCAAGUAAUUUUAACUGAAUCUGCUACUAAAUUUUUCACACAAAGAUAUAUGAAGAAAAUUAAUAAAAGAAAUUUAAAUCAAGUAAUAACCAAUGCUAAUGGAGAUAUCGUAAUGAAUAAUGUCAUGUUAGAGAGAAGUAAUACAAUUCCAUUAACCACUAUAACUAAUGUUGACAACGUUACAAAUAAUGACAAUAGCAUAUCUCAAACUAGUACGCCUUUAGAUCAAAAUGCGCCAAAUAUAACUAGUGGAGUUGAUAUUAACAAUUGUAAUAAAAAUAAGACAGUCUUUCAACAAAUUGAAUUACCACCACAUAUUCAAAUAUGGAGAGAUCAAGAUGAAUGGGAUGCAUGGAAACAACGUACCGAUCCAGUUUUACAUAUUGAAUUAAGAAGAUGGGCAGAUAUUUUAGUAGUUGCACCAUUAACAGCAAAUACAUUGUCUAAGAUUGCAUUAGGCCUUUGUGAUAAUUUAUUAACAAGUGUUAUUCGUGCAUGGAAUCCAAGUUUCCCAAUUUUUUUAGCACCAUCAAUGGUUAGUAGUAUAUAUAAUUCAGUGAUGACAAAGAAACAAUUGAACAUCAUUAAAGAUGAAAUGCCAUGGAUUACUGUAUUUCAACCAAGUGAAAAAGUUAUGGGGAUCAACGGUGAUAUUGGUCUUGGAGGCAUGAUGGAUGCUAAUGAAAUUGUUGAUAAAAUUGUUAUGAAACUUGGUGGAUAUCCAAAGGAUGAUGAAGACGAAGAUGAAGAUGAUAGUGAAGAGGAGGAAGAUGAUGAUGAAGAAGAAGAAGAAAAGAAGAAACAAGAAAGAAAGCAUAAUGAAACUGAAACCGAGGAUGAUGAUGAUGAUGAUGAUGACGAUGACGACGAUGAUGAUGAUGAUGACGACGACGACGACGACGACGACGAUGAAGAAGAAGAACAAGAAGAAGAAGAGAAUACCAGAGUUACAUCUCAAGCCAAUUAA